CUCCUUCAAUUCAAAGCUUAAAGCGAAAGACUUUUCUUCAUUUAACUUUCCAUGUUCUCAUUCGAGGAAAGAUCUUACUGGGUUCGUCUUCGUAGACCCUUUCAUGCGGAACAGUAUCUGGGUCUCUGUGAUAUUUAAUAUUUUAAUUAUACUUUAUUAUUUUUAAUAUAUUUUAAAAAAAAGUUAAAUGGGGUAUCGUCUUAAUGCUGGUUGGUGAACUGAAUCUAGCUGCCGUGUAUUGACUUCACAUAGUUCUUGGUGUGCUCCUCGUCUCAUGAAUUCUCAAGUUUUUUGGGUGUCUGGGUUUUCUUUUUAAAGCUGAUCUAUAGGAGAUGGAUAUGAGUUUUCAGAAUCGGAUUGGGAAGAUUAAAGGUGUCUGAACUCUGAAGAGAUUUAUUUUCCUUCUCUUAUUCGAAUUCUCAAGUUGCUUCUUCGGCUUUUUUAGCAAUUAAGAGAAGAAAUUAGUGUUCUAGUGUCUUUGGUGGGAGCUAUGAAUUGUUUCUCUUUCUCCAAUGGAGAGAAAAAGGUUGAACCAAAAACUUCAAAGUCUACCUCGGUUCAAUCCUCGGCUUCCUUGACCACUGAUCAUGAUGUGAGAAGAUCUGAGUCUGAGUUAAACUCAGUUUAUGCUUCGGAGACAAGCACAGAAUCUUUCGGGCGCACUGCAUUUCCAAGUUUUUCUCAGAGACCCAACAAUCUCAGAGUGUUCACAUACUCGGAGCUGAAGACGGCCACUAGAAAUUUCAACCGGUCACUUAUGAUUGGGGAGGGAGGGUUUGGAUGUGUUUACAGGAGUGUGAUCAAAAGUUCAGAAGAUCCACAUAACAAACUGGAUGUUGCUGUUAAACAGCUGGGCAAGAGAGGAUUCCAGGGACACAAGGAAUGGGUGACAGAAGUAAAUGUCCUUGGUGUGGUUGAACAUCCAAACCUUGUCAAACUAGUAGGCUAUUGUGCUGAGGAUGAUGAAAGGGGAAUUCAACGGCUUCUGGUAUAUGAAUAUAUGCCCAACAGAAGCGUGGAGGACCAUUUAUCACCUCGGUCCCAGACACCACUUCCAUGGGCCAUGAGACUGAAAAUUGCUCAAGAUGCUGCUCGUGGCUUGACAUACCUCCAUGAAAAAAUGGAUUUUCAGAUCAUAUUCAGGGAUUUUAAAGCUUCAAACAUUCUGUUAGAUGACCAAUGGAAUGCAAAGCUGUCAGAUUUUGGAUUGGCAAGGCAAGGGCCUUCAGAAGGAUUAAGUCAUGUCUCAACAGCGGUUGUAGGAACCAUUGGUUAUGCGGCUCCGGAAUACGUUCAAACCGGACGCCUUACAGCCAAGAGCGAUGUGUGGAGCUAUGGAGUCUUCCUGUAUGAAUUAAUCACAGGUAGGCGACCAUUGGACCGAAACCGCCCCAAGAAUGAACAGAAGCUCUUGGAAUGGGUAAGGCCAUACCUGUCAGACAUGAAGAAAUUCCGGGUUAUAUUGGAUCCAAGGCUCGAGGGGAAGUACUCCCUUAGGUCCGCACAGAAGCUUGCAAAUGUUGCAAACCGAUGCUUGGUGCGGCAGCCAAAAGCACGUCCCAAGAUGAGCGAGGUGCUGGAAAUGAUGAACCAGAUUGUGGCAGCAACAGAUGUUGGAAGCCCUGAACCAUCAAUGAAUAGUUUGUCACCAAAAAGUGCUUUGGGAGAAUCCAAAAGAAAGCAAUCCUGCUCGAAGAGAAGGUUUGUGGAUUUAAGAUUUGGUGAAAUUAGGUGGUCAGCUUGGCGUAUGUGGACGCCAAAGAUUAUAAGAACACGCUGAUUGGAACUAUAUCAGCAAAGGGACUUUCAUACUUAGGUGGCGCAUUUCUGUGAGGAAAGAUGAGUUUCAUCCUGAUGGUUAUGAAUACUACAGAUGACAGAUAAAUGUCCAGUAAAGUUUGUUUUGUUAUGUGAGGCAAUGGUAUGAAUGCUUCCUUUUCCAGAUAAAUAACAGAUAUGUCAAAGGCAAACUUCCCAUCAAGAGUGCACCACUUGCUAGUGGAGUGUUCAGACGAUAAUGGAGUCCGUUCAUUUGUAAUGGUAGCUGCUUCUGGUUCCAAUAUAUUAUAGCUUCAUGUAUAAUUACUAGAAAGUAACCAAUUGUUAAUCAGAUGGGAAUUUGUUACAGUUGUAGGUGAGUGAUGUACAGCUAGUGAUUGUUUGCAGAGUAAAGGAUCAAAAUGUAGCAACUACCAAGCAAGGUAAUGUCAUGAAAAAAAAAAUGUCUUCAGUCCUGAUUAAAA